GAUGAUGGAGCAGCUCGAUACAUUCACAGACUCAGUAAUUAAUUCAUUAUCGACAGCGAGCUGAGCCGCUAGGUGAGCGUACCUGCUACAAGGCUUUUCCUGAGUGCAGUUUCAGGCCAUCCUGCGAUCCGUCAAAUUUUCAGCACCAGUGGAAGCACGUGACUGAAUGUCCCGGGAGGGGGCGUGUUCGAACGAGCUCGCACCAAUGACGUUCGAGGAAAGUUGCGGGGGCGGGGCCAGAAGGAGAGCGUUAUAUUUAGGUGCCUGCGUAAAUACCUACUGUAUCAGACUGUUAACGGUCCGCUUCAGGGCGCAGCUCUGAAGGAGAAGGAAGAUCUCCCGGGCGGGACGCGCGCCUGCCUCUCUGUCCACCACAUUUCUACCUUUUUUUCUUCAGCUAUUUUUCUUCCAACACAUAUAAAGCGGAACAAAAACGGAGUUAAACGACGAAGACGAGAAACGACCUUCUCUAACUUCUGCAAUCAUGAUGUCCAUGAACAGCAAGCAGCCUUUUAGCAUGCAUCCCAUCCUGCACGAGCCGAAGUACACACCUCUGCAUUCCAGCUCGGAGGCUAUUCGGCGGGCAUGUUUGCCCACGCCCUCGCUGCAGGGCAACAUCUUCGCCGGCUUCGACGAGACGCUGCUCCAGAGGGCCGAGGCCCUGGCCGCGGUGGACAUCGUGGCGCAGAAGAGCCACCCGUUCAAGCCGGACGCCACCUACCACACCAUGACCACCAUGACCAGCAUGACGUGCACGCCCACCUCGUCGUCGGCGCACCUGCACCACCCGUCCGUGCUCACCUCGCACCACCACCACCAUCACCACCACCACGCGCACCACCAGGCCGCGCAGGGCCUGGAGGGCGACCUCCUCGAGCACCUGACGCCCGCCAUCUCCCUGGGCGCCAUGCCCACGUCCGACGUAGGCACGGGCCACUCGCACAUGGCGGCGGCCAUCAACCACAUGCAGCCGCACCACCCGCAGAGCAUGAGCAUGCACCCGCACGGCCUGGGCUCGCAUGCGCUCGGCGGCGGCGUCGCGGGCGGCGGGGGUGGCGGAGGAGGCGGCGGCGCGCCAGACUCGGAGCCCGACCCGCGCGAGCUCGAGUCGUUCGCCGAGCGCUUCAAGCAGCGGCGGAUCAAGCUGGGCGUGACGCAGGCGGACGUGGGCGCGGCGCUGGCCAACCUGAAGAUCCCUGGCGUGGGCUGCCUGAGCCAGAGCACCAUCUGCCGCUUCGAGUCGCUCACGCUCUCGCACAACAACAUGGUGGCGCUCAAGCCCAUCCUGGAGGCCUGGCUGGAGGAGGCCGAGCGCGCGCAGCGCGAGAAGAUGACCAAGCCUGAGAUCUUCAACGGCGCCGACAAGAAGAGGAAGCGCACGUCCAUCGCGGCGCCCGAGAAGCGCUCGCUGGAGGCUUACUUCGCCGUGCAGCCGCGACCUUCGUCCGAGAAGAUCGCCGCCAUCGCCGAAAAGCUGGACCUGAAAAAGAACGUGGUGCGCGUGUGGUUUUGCAAUCAGAGGCAAAAGCAGAAACGGAUGAAGUUUUCGGCGACGCACUAGGGGCCAUUUUAGUCCCUAUUACUAUUGAUUUUACUAUUAUUAUUGUUUUUGUUUGCUCGGGGUGGGUGCGGGAGUGGUGGUGUUGGUGGUGGGGGGGCUCCACCUUGUUGGGACCCGAGCUGGAGCGUCCCAGAGACUGGAAACAGCACAAACUUCAGUCAGAGAAGAGAAACUAACUAACAAAAAUAAUAGGAAGACUCACAGGCUCUCAAACGUGGAGAAAAAGAGAGAGAGAGACACAGAGAGAGAGCGAGUGAGAGAGAGAGAAUCAUCAACUAGUGGCAAUUAAUUAUUGUACAAAAGGGAAAUAGAAUAAUAACGAUUAUUCUCUUAAAUAACUCUUUUAUAUUAAUUCGUGUACAUACCUGUGAAUACAUUGCACCUCUGUGAAGAGCGCGUCGUCUUUUUUCUCCUUUUUAUUUUCCAUCU